CCCCCGGCUGGCGGGGCGGUGCGCGGCGGCGGUGGCGGCGGAGCCAUGCUCUCGAGGAAGGGCAUCAUCCCCGAGGAGUACGUGCUGACCCGGCUGGCCGAGGAUGUGCCCGAUCACGCCCGGUACCGCGCUCGGGAGAGGCGGGCGCGCUUCGUGGGCAAGAACGGCGCCUGCAAUGUGGCCCACAAGAACAUCCGCGAGCAGGGGCGCUUCCUGCAGGACGUCUUCACCACCCUGGUGGACCUCAAGUGGCCGCACACGCUGCUCAUCUUCACCAUGUCCUUCCUGUGCAGCUGGCUGCUCUUCGGCAUGGUCUGGUGGCUCAUCGCCUUCGCGCACGGGGACCUGGACCACAGCACCCGGCUGCAGCGGGACCCCGCCGAGGGGACGGCGGGCUCUGCGGCCGCCUUCGUGCCCUGCGUGACCAGCAUCCACUCCUUCACCUCCGCCUUCCUCUUCUCCAUCGAGGUGCAGGUGACCAUCGGCUUCGGGGGGCGCAUGGUGACGGAGGAGUGCCCGGCCGCCAUCCUGGUGCUGAUCGUGCAGAACAUCGUGGGGCUGGUGAUCAACGCCAUCAUGCUGGGCUGCAUCUUCAUGAAGACGUCGCAGGCGCACCGGCGGGCCGAGACCCUCAUCUUCAGCAAGCACGCGGUGAUCGCGCUGCGGGAGGGCCGGCUCUGCUUCAUGCUGAGGGUGGGCGACCUCCGCAAGAGCAUGAUCAUCAGUGCCACCAUCCGCAUGCAGGUGGUGAAGAAGACGGCCAGCCUGGAGGGCGAGGUGGUGCCCCUCAACCAGAUCGACAUCCAGAUGGAGAACCCCGUGGGGGGCAACAGCAUCUUCCUGGUGUCCCCGCUCAUCAUCUACCACGUGAUAGACAAGAACAGCCCCCUCUACGACAUCUCCCCCAUGAACCUGCACCACCACGAGGACCUGGAGAUCAUCGUCAUCCUGGAAGGGGUGGUGGAGACCACCGGCAUCACUACGCAGGCCAGAACCUCCUACCUGGCGGACGAGAUCCUCUGGGGCCAAAGGUUUGUGCCCAUCGUGGCGGAGGAGGACGGGCGGUACUCGGUGGACUACUCCAAAUUCGGCAACACGGUGAAAGUGCCCACGCCGUCGUGCACUGCCCGGCAGCUGGAGGAGGACAAGAGCAUCAUGGACACCAUGCCGCUGUCCCCCAAGGGCACCAUCAGGAAAAGGUCUGUCAAGCUAAAGCCCAAGUUUACCAUAAGCGAGGAGCCUUCCUGAUGCCUUCUGACUGGGAAACUCUGUUAGGGCUUUGUGUCUGAAUGAUCUCAUGAACUCAAAACACUGAGGUGGCCUCUUACUUUUUUUUAAAAUUCAGGUUGGUAGCACAAGGUAUGUUCUGGUGUUAUUUAUUGUGGGGAAAUCUAAAGCUAAUUAUAUUUUUUUAAAGGUGUGAGAGAUUUCAAGCAGGACUGGGAGUAGGGAAAAUCAUGGUCUGCAGCUUUAAAUUUCAAUUCAGACUAUUUAAUCGCACGAUCAUUUUGCCUUGAUUCAACUGCAGGUAAUGACACAUUUUCUCAAAAAAUAAAUGUAUAUUUAUCCUCAGAGAUUGCAGGUUUUUUAGGGUCUUGCAGUGUUUGCAAGUCAGUAGUUUUUAACUGGUUUUUUUUUUUUCCUAACUUGAACAAUCAAUAUAGCAAAAUAAAAUAUUAAUAAUUAAUAAAGUAGGCUGGAUUUAAAUGAUAAAAAAAGGGUCAGGCAAUAGCACAAGACCAGAUCUGGAAGUGUCUCUAUAUUAUACUGUAUGUCUCAAAGAAAUUAACUGCUGAAUUUGCAUCAUCCAUAUUGUGUUGUAUGGAGCCACUCCUACCACAUGCAGUAUGAAAUGUAUUUGAAUAUUUACUUUUGUUUAUUUUAAAAGCCUUUACACUUCCAAAAUAAAACAUUCAGGAAUA